UCUCUUUUGAUAUCUUAAUAUUUAAUAUCAAUGGCUGCCGCUACAUUUGUAACGCAUCACUUAGACCAAGAAGGAAACCUUCAAGACAUUUGCUGAAGAUGAACAUUAGUCUGUUUUGAUUUAAUCGACCAUAAGCAGUCGAUAUUCGUCCGUAUCGCCAAAAUGGGAGUAAAAUUGCACAUUUAACCCGUUGCACUCCGCUGUCGACAUUAAAGCGAGCGGAUCUGGCUCAUGUCCACAGAAGAUGAUGCGUCAGGUGUCCGGCAGCAGUGGGGAUUACUGUGUUAGUGGCAGGUCUUCAUGUUUUGCAGAGGAUGGAAGACUCGCGGCCAGUCACUUUGAUCUGUGCUCCACCAAGUUUUAUGCGUCGUUGCCUCCUCAACGCUCACGGCAGAUGUGUGUCGCUUACCUGACCCCACCAGCCCCAGUUAGCCCCAAAUCCACAUCAUUCCACAGGGAUGGCUGCCAUGUGGAGCCGCAACCUCAUGGCCCCCCAGGCCUUCAGGAAAGCGAGAAAGCCAAGGACUGUAAAAAAAAGGCCGCGCCCGGAAGAUCUGGGAAACGCGGGCGGCCAACUGGGACUACUAAACUAGCCGGUUACAGAACCAGCACGGGCAGGCCUCUGGGCACCACUAAGGCUGCUGGUUUUAAAACCAGCCCCGGGCGGCCGUUAGGCACAACCAAGGCCGCGGGUUAUAAGGUGAGCCCUGGUCGCCCACCUGGCAGCAUAAGGAGUCAGUCGCGCAUCGGUAAACUAGGCUAUACGGCAUGCAGUGGAGCCGCUUUCCCCUUCAGCAUCAUGCACAAACCUGGAGCAUGUGAAGACACGGAAACUAAAGAACCACCAAAAAUGUCCAUACAAGCGCCACAGUUCAUCCUCAGUGGCUUCCCCAUACGAACCCCAAAAACACUAGUGCCGAUCAGCGUCGCGUCAUCCGAGGAGUUUUCCCAAGCGGUCACGUGUCCAGCUGACAGUCAGUCCAGAAACUCCCUGGCAUUACCACUCCACAGUACUCUCCCAUCGUACUCAUGAACAGAGUCCCAAAAAAACAACUUCCACAUCUGAACAUUACACAUUCCCGUGAUGACGGAGAGUUUCCUUUCCCUCAUCUUUCUUAGCAAGGAGCCUAUAGUAAAAUAUUACCACUGACUGCCUGUAUUCACAAAUCCAUAGCAUGUCUUGUUGGAUUAGGAAAGAGAGUAAUAAUGUAGUUGUUGCUUUAGAUCGAUUGACACAGUCACACAAUAAUGAAGAUGCUGAGAACGUAAACAUCACUUCCCCAUUCCAGCACUCUGCCAAAGAACUAAUGUGUGCAUGUUAUAUUUGAGAUGUAAAAGGUUUUCUAUUUAUCAGGUUAUGCUUUACGGCAGCCUAUGAAAACAAGAAACAGGCUCUUCAAAUACAUAGUUAACCAAUACACAUCUUGUUAUAUUUACUUUAGUAUUGAAUUUACUAUGAAUGCGUUAACAAUAUUCUUGUUGUUUCCAUGUAACAGUGCUUCACAUGAGUAGUAAGGAACUGCAUAUGAUGUUCAUAACAGAUCUUUUAGUUGUUACACUAUUGUGCAAAUAUUCAUUGACAUGCAUACUUUUGUUUCUCUUUUUUUCCUCGCACCUUCUCUUUUUCCAUUUACUUUGUAAAACUGUUUGUGCAUGUGUGUGUAUGUACAGUAUGUGUCUAUAUUUAUACACAAACUCAUUAAAUGUGAAACAACAGGUUUUAUCUUUCUUUUUCUUGCAGACGUUUUAUUAUUGUAGAACUUGUCAAUCAGUAUGUUCAAUUAUUUAAUAGCACUUGUAUAUUGCCUCCUUUCUUACAGGUUGAGCCCAAAUACGUUUAACAAUUUUUAAUUCCUUUUCCUGGUUUUGCAUGCUUGUGUGAUUUUCACUGUGUUGUGUAAUAAACUGACUGUGAAGCUUU